AACAACAAAAACCAAACAUCAACCCAAACCAGAAUAAUUGGGAAGGUCUCGGUCCAGGCGGCGCAGAACAACAGCAAUCGCCGGGGAAGUUGCUGCGCGGGGCGGGGGGAAGAUGCCUCAGCUGGGCAGCGGCGGCGGGGACGACCUGGGGGCCACCGACGAGAUGCUGGCUUUCAAGGACGAGGGCGAGCAGGAGGAGAAGAUCCCCGAGAAUGCCUUCACGGAACGCGACCUGGCCGACCUCAAGUCCUCGCUGGUGAACGAGUCGGAAGGCAGCGGUAGCCCGGCCACCGCCGCCGCCGCUGUGGUGGCCGCCGCCGAUCCCGAGGCCAUCAGGCGUGUGCAGGAUCCACAGAGGGUUUAUCAGGAAAAGCUCCCGGACCACAUGGAUGACGGUAUUAAGCAUCAGGACCCAGGGAUGUACAAAGGAUCUGCGUAUUCUGGCUACCCUUUCCUCAUGCUCUCAGACCCUUACCUGCCGAACGGAUCUAUGUCACCCCUGUCCAACAAAGUUCCCGUGGUGCAGCCGUCCCAUGGAGUCCACCCACUCACCCCCCUCAUCCCUUACAGCAACGACCAUUUCAGCCACGGCUCCCACUCACCCCACCUGCCCGCCGACAUCAGCCAGAAACAAGGAGUGCACCGCCCUUCCCAGACCUCAGACAUCCCGGGAUUCUACCCGCUGCCUCCGGCCGGAGUCGGGCAGAUCACGCCACCGAUGGGAUGGCAGAGCCAGUCUGUCUAUCCGCUCCCGUCAUGUGGAUUUAGGCAGCCGUACUCGUCAGCGCUGGCUGCUGGGGCUUCUCUCUCCAGGUUCACUCACCCUCUGAUGCUGGGCUCUGGCGUGCACACCACCGGCAUCCCGCACCCUGCCAUCGUGCCCCACUCCGGCAAGCAAGAGCUGGAGCACUAUGAGCGGAAUAUGAAACCUCAAGCAGAACCAAAGAGAGAGAAGGAAGCCAAGAAGCCCACUAUCAAGAAGCCUCUGAAUGCUUUCAUGUUGUAUAUGAAAGAAAUGCGAGCAAAAGUCAUCGCCGAGUGCACCCUGAAGGAGAGUGCUGCAAUCAACCAGAUCCUGGGCAGGAGGUGGCACGCGCUGUCCCGGGAGGAGCAGGCCAAGUACUACGAACUGGCUCGCAAGGAACGGCAGCUCCACAUGCAGCUCUACCCAGGCUGGUCUGCCAGAGACAACUAUGGCAAAAAGAAGAGACGGACACGGGAGAAACAGCAAGAUUCCAGCUCAGAUCCUGCCUCUCCUAAGAAAUGCAGAGCUCGCUUUGGCCUCAACCAACAAACGGACUGGUGCGGCCCGUGCAGGAGGAAAAAGAAGUGCAUUCGGUACUUACAAGGAGAAGGACGCUGUGCCAGCCCAGUUUCUUCCGAUGGAAGUGCUAUAGACUCCCCUCCCUCUCCCCUGGACGCACUCCAAUGCAUCUCCUCUGCUUUCCCUUCAGACAAGCUCGCCGCCCCCGCUGACUGCGCACACAGCGAACAGCCUGACCCCUUCCCCGUCUCCGCUCACCUCCAAACCACCACCUGCUCCUCCAGACUGACUGCCAGGUCCUCUUCUGCACCCAGCGAGUCCCCAGCGUACAGCAUGGCCUCCACGGGGACAUAGUCCCAGGCACCCUGCCGUGCUGCCCAGGGCACGGGGCGCUUGGCUCUCCUCCACUUGGUGUCACCGUCCGUUGGGAAGGACCAGAGACCUGUCCAAAUUCCCCAUCCCACUGUAAAAUGUGCAGAGUUAGGCAGCAGGAGGCUGAGUCAAGGA